GAAGAAACACUUCCGGGUAUUUUCUCAAGUUAGUUUUCAACGACUACGUCACAGCAACGAACACUUCAUAUUCCUAAACAGCAUUUAUUAUUCCCUUGCUUUCGGUCCUGAUGUCUGGCUUGAUCUGUUCAGCAUUACCAAGCAGGUUAAGGUCUCAGCUGCUGUCUUGCAUGAGAGGAACAUGCCAGAUCACAGCUCCUUUAUCUUUUGGGGUGAGGCCUUCUCCAUCCAAGCUCUUAACCCUCCAUCAUGGCUGUUGUGUAUCCCUUACUCCCCAAAUCACAGCCUCCGUCAGGUACUCUGACUUGUCCACACAGAAAUAUGACAUGAUUUAUAAAUUCCCCCACAUUAAGCUCUUCAGAACCGUGUCCAGGCUAAAAUUACUCCAAACUGGGAUCACUGUGAUUAUCCUCCCACCUGUGUACAUUCUAUACCUCAUGGGAGAUGCCCCCCUCUUUCUUGUCAACUACUCGACAGGAACAGCUCUAUUUGCAGGAGUCAUGUUGUACACUGCUAGCCACUUUCUCAGGAGGGUUGUGGGUAUGAUGUACCUGGAUUCGUCCCACAGCACGCUCAAAGUGUCCCACCUGACUUUCUGGGGUAGGCGGCAUGACAUCUUCAUGCCUGUGUCAGAUGUUAUGACUGUUGGGGACACUGGGGACUCUUCACAUGAGACCAUACUAAAACUGAAGCGAUAUAGCACUCCUGAGACUUUGUAUUUCUCCACACGUUUUGGACAGGUGGUGGACAAACAAUGUUUUGAGAAGGUCUUUGGAAGUUUAAGUUGACAUUAGUUAUGUGUCAUAUAGAUGAUAGAUGAUGCUAACGCUCUCAUUCUUACAUUUCAAGGGAGGAUUUUGUGGAAUUCUGGUCAAGUGGUCAAUUUCAAAUACCUUCACAUCAUAUGCUGACCUCGUAAUUUAUGACUCACAUUUACUUUUUCUCUGUGAAAGAUGCCUGUUAUGCAAAUCAGCAUUUUUAUUUUACAAUAUUUUGAUGCCUUUAAUGUGUCUUUCUACACCACCACUUAUGAAGAUUCUUGUUCAUUCACAGUGAUAACUGAGUUGUGUGUGCUAAUUAGAUAAUUUUUAGCUAGUAAAUGUUUUUAGUAUAUAGGAGACAAAUUCAUUUCUUGGGACACACACCUGUAUACCAGCUGUAAGCCUUUAUGACUACUCACCUGAUCAGUCACAAAAUGAAGUCUAUGUGCACAAUAUAAUGAUAGCCUAUACAAGAGCUGUGUUAAGUAUUCUGCCUUUGAAAAUAAGUUCCCUUUUGAUUGACAUUGUCUGAGAGAUAUUAUUUUAACCCUAUUAGUUCAGUGAUCAGUCUUGUGGUUGUAGUUAGUAGUGGUUUGGAGCUGUAGUGCUUCAUAAUGAGACGGGUCUAAUAUUUUGGUUUCCUCAAUCAGAGUAAAAAUAUUAGGAACAGGUUUCGGUAUGAUUAUAGUACAGUUAAAGUACAAUAUAUUUGAUACUGCUCUUGUAUUGGCUAACAUAACACAAGGGAGUCCUUUGUUCAAUCGUAAUUCCUACAGUGACGACAUAACCCAAAUUUCAGUCAGAAUCUGCUGUACAACAUGAACAUUGAAAAAUGAAAUAAAAACAGUAGCCCACGGUGUAACUGAGCAUGCCUUCUUGCCAUGCGUGAAGACAGUGACAUGCGGUGUGGCCGGUCAGUGUAAAUCUGUAUAUUUAUUUAAGCUUUGGAUACAAUCGUACUAAAGAAGAGUGGUAUUAGUAUUUUUAGACGUCCCCAACGCAGUAUUGUUUUUAUUACUGCUACAUAUUAAAUACAAAGCAUUGACAUCAUAAUUCUCUGGAGGACCUAAGGAUUUAUGUACCAUAUAGAGUCAUAAAUACUGGAACAAGUUAUCAAACACCUCUGACUUUCAACAUGUCACACAAUAGAUCUGUGGAGUUUUGUUUUGAACUUGUUAACAGUUGGAUUUUCCACAACAUCCACUAGGCAAGUAAGUAAGGCCAUCCAUGAUGUGGCCGAAAGCGACUGUUUAAAAAAAUGACUUGUUCUGAUAGAGAAUACCUGAAACGAAUACACUUUAUUAACUUUGCAAAGAGGUCGGCCAAUUUGACAUUGAGACAAGAGGGUAAUACCAAGAGGGUAUUUCAAACACUGAUUUUUAUGUCCUUUUACAUUUAAAUGGUUCAUACCAAUACACAUAAUGCAGGAAGACACAAACAAUUGGUCAGACAGAAAACAGCAUGAUAGAAUUCAAUGGUGGUGUGUUAUCAAGGGGGAAAUGCAUCCAGUUGGUUUCCCACCUCCACCUAUUCUUGAUCAGAAGAACUAGAGUUGCUUUUGAUUAAUUUAAUUAGUGUCAUCAUUCACUAUUGUAGUUAUAGAAACACAUCGAAACAAAGUAAUAACAAUAAUAAUUUCAUCUCGAUAUUUAAAGAUAUUGUGCAGCCAUAUAAACAUAAUAAAUAAUAUAAUAAUAAAAUGCAUAAAUAAUACAAAAUAUAAAAAAAUGCAGCAACAUAGAGUCAUGCAAUACGUACCAAAAUGCAUAAUUAAAAAUUUAAUUAUCGGUAAAACAUAUGAUCCAGCAUAAAAAUCAAUAGAGCAAUAGUGCAGGAGGUGUAAGGCAUUGGAGCUUAUUAAAAGCUAGAGUAAAAAGACACUGUAUGUUUUUAGUUUACUUUUGAAAAUAUCUAUCGAGUUGGCUUCCAUGAUCUCUAACGGUAAAGUGUUCCAGAGAAUACGGGCAUAGGUAACAAAGGCUACAUCCCCAAUAUAAUAAUAGCCUACUGUGGGAGGAAACCGGAGUGCCCGUAGAAAACCUACGCAGGCACAGGGAGAACAUGCAAACUCCACACAGGUGGGGCUGGGAUUUGAACCCCGGUCCACAGAACUGUGAGGCAGAUGUGCUAACCAGUAGGAAAUUUAUUUUAUUGUGCAAUUUUGGACAGAAUAAAAUUGGUCUCAAAUACACAAUGUUUUCGUUGCACUGUACAUUAUAUUAGUUACAUAUAUACAUAAUACAUAAGAUGAUCCACUAGAUGCCACUAGAAGCCAUGUUAUUUAUUUUACACCGGCUGGAAGGUCAUGAAGGGGAAUGGGCAGUAACCCAUAGAAUUCAUUGAGAUGGAUUUGCUAAUCACUUACCUGUAAUUAAGGUUGCACUUGUGUUUACUCUCUAGCCCCAAAUUUCACAGUAUAACUACCACUAGUGUCGUUCUAGUACACUAUAUUUAUAUAUACAAACACACUAACAAAAAACAAACAAUAUAUACAAACCCCAAUUCCAAUGUAAUUUCACAUUGUAUAAAACCUAACUAAAAACAAAAUACAGUGAUUUGAAAAUACUUUUCAACCGAUAUUAAAUAGAAUACACUGCAAAUGCAAGAUAUUUAAUGUUUAUUUAAUGGCGGCUUCUCUGGGCCCAGGCUCAUCUGAGAUCAACAGACGCUAAGUGGAAAAGUGUGCUGUGGUCUGACUAGUCCUGUUUUUGGAAAUCAUGUACAUUGUGUCAUCCGGGCCAAAGAGGAAAAUAAUCCACUGGAUUGUUAUCAAUGCAAAGUUACCCCAUACCUGUGAUGUAUGGGGUAACUGUUAGUUCCCAUGGCAUGAGUAACUUGCACAUCAGUGAAGGCACCAUUAAUGCUGAAAAGUACAUACAGGUUUUGCAGCCCCCCCGAAGUCUUAUUGAGUAACGUUGUUAAAAGGAAAAGUUAUGUAACACAGUGGUAAACAUGCCCGUUGCAGCUUUUUUGGAAUGUGUUGCAGGCAUCAAAUUCACAAUAAGUGAAAAUCCACCUGUCCUGUUCUGACUGAACGCUCGUUCGCUGACUUGAGAUGCGCACCCACGUCAUGUGACGUGACUUGCCAAGUGUCAAAGAUAGUUACUUUAGUUUAUUUUGUAAUUUUAUUUGUUAUUUUCAAGACAGAAACGUAAAGGGGGCGCCAGUGGGCGUCGCAAAUUAUUUGAUGAUUUUAUUUAAAUAUUUU